AUGAUAUUUACUAUGGUUAUACGAAUCACAUCUUUCAUUGUCAUCAUUUCUGUCUAUCAACUGCACAUCGCAUCUUCGGAAGGAAGAAGGCAAAACCAAGGCGCCCUUAAAUAUCCGUUCAGUUAUCAUGGUGGGCCAGCAUCGGGUAAUUGGCUCUUGAAGCCUCAUCUUCGGGCAAAUGGUAAAAAUGAUGGUGAGAGGGUCAAGCAGAAUUUACACCGAGAAAUCCUUUCUGUGAGCUUUGUUUUUGAUCGAAGUAAUGCUGAUACAGAACCCGUAUAUCUUUCAUCACGAACAGAUCGAAUUCAAAGAAAUCAAGUCACGGUCAAAAAAAUUGUUGAAGCUGCUCGAAAACGAGCGCAUACUCCGGCAUCUCCAUCUCACACGUUUGUGUAUCCCUCUCCGAGCCCUAUACAUACCCGAUCGGCUACCGCUCACAUGCCAGCUCCAACGUCGAUGUACGAUUCAAUCUCUAACGUUGCUGAGCUUUCCAAUGAAACAUGGUCAAAAUCAUCAAUGAAUCGAAGUACGACCCUCACAGCUGCGAGUUCGACUGGUCUUUCAAAGAUGACAGCCAUUCAGCCAAAAUCCAGCUCAAAUAAUGAAACCCCGCAAGAAUCAGAUUAG